AUGCAGUUGACGCGCUUUGUUGUUUGGUGCGCCUCAGUCACAGCUGUCGCUGCGGCAGUGGAUUGGAGGAAUACCACUUGCACGGGCACCACUGUCGACGCAAAAGCCCUUCCCAAUGAAAGAUGGGCAGCAGCAGGUGCCACUGAGGCUUUACGUGAGGUCCUUGACGAGUGGAAGAAAUACAACUCCGGCCCAAAUGAGGUCAAAUUCGAAUUCAGCCAGUUUGUGUCUUGGUAUUUUGGCGGCCCGGAGCUGUGGAGGUGCUCUAAGUUACUAGAUGUGCCCUGUUCUACGUCGUUGACUUGCGAGGCAACCAAGUAUCCCGCUGGCCAUCUGAUUCUCAACUCCUUCUCCAAACUUCACCAACGCAAGUUUCAUCGAAGAUACUAUGAAGGUCUCGAUCAAGCACAGCUUGACAUUCAGUCUGAGAUGGAUCUCUUCGCUGAGAAAUUCUCAGUUCCUCCCAAGGAGAGCGACUCUACGGCUAGGAUGCAAAGAAUCAUGCUCAAUGUAAUCUAUGGAGUUGUAGGCAUCGCACAGUCCUACACAAACAAUAUUUUCGUCUACUCGACGAUGUUCCAAGGUUUCCUUACGCAAACCAUGCGUUCCCAGAUUACUACCACAAGUAGUUACACCAUUUUCACUGGCUGGGCGGUUGGCAAAGAUUAUCUUCUUCCUGGCGGCCAGCCCACACCUGCUUACGGCACAUUGUCUGCAACGAUGGGUGACGUGUUCGACGCCUGGAAGGCGGCUGAGAUAGAGUACCUCAAGACUAUCUUCACACCGCAAGAUAAUGACACCACGGAAUACAUCAUUGCGGCGCUUGACAAUGGGUUGAUGUCCGCCGCGCCCGAUGACAUUGAUUUCAGAGAAAUGUCGAAAGUGAUCAAGAAGCUGUUCUACCCCAACCUGAUGCUGGCCGCAUGGCAAAGUACACCUUCAGCUCGCAGGCCCUUCAUCUUGUGGGUCGCACACGUUUCCUCCCUGCGUCUUACCAUUGCUGACGAAAGUGACAGGAAAACAAACCUCCCCUGCAAGAUGGGCAAGGGUGAGAGAGAUGACGCUCUCUGGCCAUUUCUGCCCGCAGACGCCCAUGAGAGGGCUGCCGCAUGCUACAAUGGCGCGCUGUUCUACCUGCUCGAUAUUAGGAACGAGGGCGUUGAGUUGAGCAUAGGUCAGCCCUCCAUCAAGCCCAGCGAGAACAACCCUCUCACGGCUUUGUUCGGUACUGAUACCAUGGAUGGAAAGCAAUGGGGAGGUGUGACCAAGGAGGACAUUGUGGCUGCAGUCUACGGUGGGUGGCUUGAGGGUGGCCGAAUGAACAACAACUUCAGUCCUAACUACACCAACAUCCAGCCGAGUGAGGGGUCACCCUUGUGGUUUGGCAACGGCAUCAGGCUUCCAGGGUAUGUAAAAAUGCCUCUGUGCAACAACCUAUACACGAUUAUGGCCAACGUCGCUGUUGGUAAGCCGGAGAGCGACCCAUCGUGGCCUUGCGCCGCGCUGCCUGUCAUCAAGCCGUCAUAG